CUUGCAAAAGCUGCAUUGACCAAGAUUGUCCUCUUCAAUAGAAGACGUGUUGGGGAGGUUUCAAAGAUAAAACUGAGGAAUUUUCUGGAAAGAAACAAAGAAACGAACACCCUUGAUGAACUGGGGCUGUCAGAGUCUGAAAAGAAACUCUGCAACUAUUUUGAGCGUGUUGAACUGAAAGGAAAAAGGGACAGAAAGGUAGCAGUGCUGCUGACACCUGAGAUGGUAAAUGCACUCAACCUUUUGAUUGAGAAGAGGAAGGAAUGUGGUGUCCCAGACCAAAAUGAAUACUUGUUUGCUGUACCAAAUUGUCUGACUUACUACAGAGGACAUCAGUGUCUCAGACAGCUCGCAGAUGAGUGUGGUGCCAAGAGGCCAGAGUAUCUACGAUCAACUCAACUGCGCAAAGACAUAGCGACCACAUCACAAAUCCUGAACUUGAAGAGCAACGAACUAGAUCAGCUUGCUGAUUUCAUGGGGCACGAUAUAUCAGUACAUAGACAGUUCUACCACCUGUCAGACCCUACCAUACAAAGUGCAAAAAUCUCCAAGUUGCUCCUUGCACUGGAAAAGGGAAAGAUGCAUGAACUCAAAGGAAAAUCUCUUGAUGAAAUUGAAGAUGUCACAGAUAAUGAUGAAGAUGAGAGUGAGGAGGAACAAACCAUUGAUAAAGAAGCAGAGGUGGAUUGUCCUCGUGAACUGAACGAUCCUGGCCACUUCACAACAAUGGCCGCGUUUCCUGGAUUCGAUCGUUCUUAAGGACUUAAGAACCCUCUUAAUAAAUCCUUAAUAAGGAUCUUAAUAAGCCUGAGAGCCCCGCCGGCGGGGGCAACAGCACUCCCUAAAAAUGAAAAACGUCUCAGGACAGUUAAACAAGCACGAAUAUAGUCAUAUGACACACCGUUUGUUUCCUAUUUCCUUCUUAGUGAAAGCUCUUCUUAAGCUAAGAGCGACUCUGGGAAACAUGGCCAAUGUCUUGAAGUGUCAGGGCAGAAUCAUAUACAACCUGUGUGUUAAUGGUCCGAUUUAAGUGUGAUCUGAUAAGAGAAACAGAUUUUCUCAGACAGAGGCUGAUUAGAGUUCAAUGUAAAAUGUACAGUAUAAUACAAAUAAUGUCAUUUUGGAACAUUGAAGCAUAUAAAUCUAUUUAAGCAGACACCAAGAAUAAACGAUGAACAGUGGAAAUGGCCAUGACAUAUCCUCUUUAAAGGCUGCAGAUAAAU